AUGAAUCCGCAACUUUUGGAGGAGGCACUGAUGCAAAGGCAAUGCAAGGUGGAGCCUGCCAGGAAAAGCACCACUGCCGAUUCUCCUUCGGAGCCAAUUAGCCGAAAGACGUUCUCGAAGAGUUGUCGUAAAGAAGAUGAGUGCAGCGUCAUUGAGGUGGUAGUUCGUGAGCCUGGCGUCGACUUGGACUUCACCCUCGUCACUUAUUCCUAUGGCGAAGGUCAGUUCGGAGUUGCAAGUCUGGGAAUACCUCCGCGUUUGCGGUCGGUCGGCCGCAAAGCUUGGCUCACCGCCAACUCCAUAUCCCCAUUCCCUGCGCUGCUGUUCUGUUCCGUUGCCGUCGUUGGUAUUACUGAAAUUUGUCAUUUCUCAUAUUUAGAUGAAAUUGAUGGCUUGUUCGUUGGCGAACUCCUUUCAAGUUGCCGACCAAACAUCGGUGCCAUAGUCGACGUAAACGAUCAAAUCAUUAAGGUGAAUGGCUUGGACAUUGAAGAGCUUCCCAACGAAGAGUCGAUUCGAUACUUGAUUUCUUGCCGGAAGAUUCUGUGCCUGACGCUUGUGAGAUAUUACUCACACACGCAGAAAUAUCGACUGCUUCAGAAACUAGCCACCAUCGAUCAAUAUCCGUAUGGCAAGAGCAAACUUCACCUCAGAGAGGUGUUCAGACAAAUCGCCAGUUCGACGUCUCCCGUAACACCCAGAUCAGCCAAUAUGGAGUUGUGUCGCAAAUGGGAAAGGAUCCUUGGCAUCGAUCGCCGAGUUUUCGUAAGCAACGCGACAUUCGCUCGUCUUGUCAUUGAUUGA